AUGGAGAAGGAGGAGCCAGCCAAGAAGGAAGCAGCCACGCCCAAGACCAGGACGACCAAGCGGAAACCGCCUGCUGCCGACGAUGGCGGCGGUCCUUCUCAAGAGACUCCCACUGCCAAGAGAGCGCGGGGAAGGCCCGCGAAGGACCCGUCUACGCCUAAAACAAAGACCCGGUCAUCGAAGCCGGCAACGCCAAAUCCCAUCGGCACCACGUCUUCCGGAAAGUCAAGAAAGGCCGAUGAGGCACUGCAACCCGACGCCGAUGUGAAUCUCCCGUCCACCAGCAAGGGACCGAAGUCGUACAGGGUGAGCCGGAAGACGCGAUCGCGGAGCUCCUCCCCGAGCGAUGCUCACACCACCGUGGCCAAGCCUGCACAGCAUCGGCACCGCUCGCGGAUGGCCAUGGUGGCCACAAGCGCAAACGCAGCCGCCAUGGAAAGUCCACAACCGACUCCGAAAGCAGCCAUGGAAGAAAGAGGGGCCGCAGCAGGAGCCGCCGCCGCCAUCGCUCCAAAAGCAGCACGUCAACAGCGAGCAUGA